CAUCUCCAAGACAGUUGCAUCUCAAAAAUAAAACUGAAAAAUGGGCUUCACCGAUCUCAUCAGCGAUGCCGGCCUUGCCGUGCUCAACAACUGGCUGCUCACCCGCUCCUACAUCACUGGGUACUCCGCCUCGCAGGCCGAUGUGGUGGUCUUCAAGGCGCUGAGCGCCGCGCCCGACGCCGAGAAGUACCCCAACGCGGCGCGCUGGUACAAGCACAUUGCCUCGUACGAGGACGAGUUCCCCACGCUCCCCGGCGACGCCAGCAAGCCCUACACCGUGUACGGGCCCGAGGUGGCCGAGGUGACGCUGAACCCGGCCAAGGCGCCCGCGGCCGCUGCUGAGGAAGAAGAGGACGACGACCUCUUUGGCAGCGACGACGAGGAGGACGCCGAGGCCGAGCGCAUCCGCGAGGAGCGCCUGGCCGAGUACCGCAAGAAGAAGGAGGGCAAGGUCAAGCCCGCCGCCAAGUCCAUGGUCACGCUUGAUGUCAAGCCUUGGGAUGACGAGACUGACAUGGUGGCCCUCGAGCAGUCCGUCCGCGGCAUCGAGAAGGAUGGUCUGGUUUGGGGUACCUCCAAGCUGGUGCCCGUUGGCUUCGGUAUCAAGAAGUUCCAGAUCAACCUGGUUGUCGAGGACGAGAAGGUUUCCCUGGAUGAGCUGCAGGAGGAGAUCCAGGGCUUCGAGGACUACGUCCAGUCGACAGAUGUCGUUGCCAUGAUGAAGCUCUAAGAAGCUUUAGAAUUGGGUGUAUAUACAGAGGGGGGGUAAGCUCCCUGGUAUGGAAACCAUAAUGAAUAACGACGUAUGCUCGGCACAAGAGUGCAUACUCCGAGUGCUUUUGAAGUAGCAAUGUUCAUGAGGUUCUGAAUCUAGGGGCGCUUCACAUUAGUGCAUGGAUAAUGCGAUCACAAUGCAUCGUAUAUCAGGAGAACUUAUGCUCUCGUUGUCUACUGUGGUCUACUAUGUGUGGGACAUGGUUUACAACUCCUAUGCUUGGAGAAACGUUGCGAUCUAUACACUACUCCUGUACAUCUCCCUUGGCCCGCUUCCACUGAUGACUACAGAGAUGAGAAUGCAGUAUCUGGUCUCUUAUAGGGUAGUUGAAGCAG